CACGCCAAACUCUUACGAAAUAGUAGGCGUCAUUAAAAAAACAGCUCGAUCCUUGCAGCUCCUGGCACUUCUAUGAAUGAAUAAGCUGUUUUCAGAGAAAACCUCCAGGAUUUGCUGCAGGAGAAAUAACCUGAAGAGCGGAGCAGUGGUGCGUCGCUGCGAUCUCCUCGGAAAAACGGACAAAACGGGAGUAAAGUUUUUAGGGUGAACUUUAGAUUUUUGGCCAGAGAAGGCAACUUUUAAAAAGACGAUCAAGACGGCUUGUUUCAAGUGGAGAUAUGUUCAAGAAAAGCAAGAGUAAAGUGCUGGUGGAUUAUGCGUCAGAGGAAGACGACAUGUCCUGGCACUAUCAUCACUCCUAUAAGGACAAAGACAUAGAAGGAGAGGAAGAGGAGGAGGAAGCUGUUACUGCAGUAUCCAAGGAGGCCAAAGUGAAGAAGAUCAUGUCAAAGAAAGAGAGGCGGGAGAAGAAGAUGUUCUCCUCUAAAGAUGACGAGCACUUCUUGUUAACCGGAGUCAAUCUGGCUGACCGCAGAGGGUCCCACAAGAAAAUUAAGGACGAUGAGAAGGAGAAGGAAAAGAAAGAAAAGCCAGAGAAGGGCCACUGUUUCUGGGAGAGCGUUACCACGACAAUGAGGCAGAUCUCACCCACCAAAAAACCAGAGAAGAUGGAGGGCUGGGAGCCGCCUCACCUUGAGAACUUAACUGAGACCGUCAAUGACGAAGCCCCGGAGGACAAGAGCCAGAAACAGGACUCACCGGUGUCCUUCCCCGACUCUUUCAGCCUCCCUCUGGAGCUGGCCUCCUGGGCAGGCCGUGGUUUUGAGGAGGACUCCUCCCGCUAUGCUAAUCUGUCGGACUCCAAGGAUUCAACAGCUGCCGUCAGGUGGACGGCACGUGCCAAAGUCAAGCUGGCUGGCAUCAGCAGGAUGAGCAGAGGGAUUGUGUCAGAAAGCUCUUGGGAGGGGUUCAAGUAGGAGCCAUUUUUACCUCCGACGCCCCUCCCUCCUCACCUGUGUACCAUCUUUAAGGAGGAUGCUGAACCAAAUAUCUGCUAGUCUAGUUCUGGACGACACUGGUGGUAAUGUCAGCUGGUAUUGAUAUGCUGUUGUAAAGUCCCAAACAUACCACAUCCAGUCUGUUCUUAUUGUUUUAUCUUUUAAAGUCCUUAAAGACAAUAUCAGUCAGUUUUAUCAAAGUUUUUUUUUUUUUUUUUGGCAAUGUUUGAAUCACUGACAUAAACUGUAAAUCACAACAAAUAAAAGCCUUAAACUACUGUAUCAUUAUAACUGUGAUAUGCACUGGUGUGGCAUUAAGACAUUUUGAGAUUGAGAUUAGUGAUUUUUUAAAAAACUAUAUAAUUAUUGAGUCUGUCAGUGGUAGAGAAUCAAUGAAGAAUAUGCAAAUCUGCUACUGCAGACCUGUUUUCACUUCCUUUCUAUCUAUGCAUCUGAGUGAACAAUGUGACUCUGGAGCCUUAAUUUAUAUAUCUAAAAUGGGCUUAAAAGAAUACUUCAUUCCACAAAUGACCAUUUGUAGCCUAAAUCAAUCACUCAACCUCUGUUAUGUUGAAUUUCUUGAAGAAAAUCUCCUUUUACUUUCAUUCCUCCAGUGAACAAAGAAUCCAUAAGAAUCCAUACAGGGAUCAUGUGGGGGCAAUAAAUCUAAGCAGCCCCCACGGCGUUCAUAAAUUGAUAUAUUUUUUAAAUCUUAUGCUGAAUAACAUUCAUGCAAUUUGUAAUGAUGACAAGAUAAAAGCCAAACUGUGCACACUUGUUUUUUGGGAAAAACCGCCACUCCAUGCAGACGUGAAGUGCCUUGUAUCCAUAGAGUGACGUCAUUUGUUUGCUGUCAGUUUUAAUGAGAUCAUCCUUUGAGCACAAAUCUGCUUAGCUCAUCAUAAUGUCUGUUCAGGUGCAGGCGGGUCAACCCUGCAUCGGCCCAUUGAGACACUAACGGGUUUCCAGUUAAAAUCCCUUGAUGCUGUUAACUUCACCAGCAGGAGCAGAACUGUUAGUGUGCUACAUUAUAAAAACCUGCCAAGUUCUUUAAUGCUGUUUGUUAAUGAUUUUUGUUUUAGGUGAAUGAGAAACGUCACGUCACCAGUCUUUGCUUCUCUUUUCUCUUCUUUUGCUGUGUUUUAGUCUGUUUACUGAAUUUGUUUGAUACUUAAAUCUGCUUCAUUGCAGCCAGAAGUGUACACAGAUACAGGUCCACUUCCAGGGUCGCCUGUAUCCUGUAUUUAUUCACUGAGCGGCUGGGUCACAUUUUCUCAUGCAGAAUAAAGAUCUAGUCUGAC